AUGAGGUACUUCGAAGUAUUUCUGACAAGACCUUUCAAACAGUGCUCCGAGCACCUGGAGACUGGCAUGCUGAGGAAAAUUAAACCCAGAGUCAGGCUCUUCCAGAAGGCCCUCCCAGACUCUGGUGGGAUGAAAGUAACUUGUCUGGCCACUGGGUUUUACCCCCGUCACAUCAACAUGACCCUGUUCAGAGAUGGCCAGCCUUUGGAUAGCCACCAGAUCACUGGAGGGGAACUGCUACCUAACGGAGAUGGAACCUACCAGAUGAGGAAGAGCCUGGAGGUCAGCACAGAUGAUCUAAAGGAGAACUACCAGUACACGUGUAAGGCUGAGCAUCUCAGCCUGGACAACAGGUUGGACAUACCUUUAGAUUAUGAACCUUAUCCAGGCCAGAAACAUGUUGUGGUAGUGCUGCUGAUAGCACUGGUUUGUCUAACUGUAGUCAUCAUCAUCUUCGUCUUCGUCUUCUGCAGGAAAAGAUGCAUGGCCAACAACAGAUGCUUGAGGAUCCACCAGGGAAGGAAGAAAUGCCUGGAUGAAGGAGAACAGGGGCCCAGCAGUGAGCACACCUUGUUAGGAAGUAGCUCAAGUCAGUCGGUUGAAGUCCAGCGGCGCAUUGAGCACCAAAGACCACAGGAUAUCAGUACCCCUGCUACAGCGGAACAAGGACCUGACACACCUGCACAGAAUGGUGGGCAUCAUGCAGCUGGUGAACAGCAAAGACAAACCAAGCAGACUAAGAAGGACACAUGUAGUGGGUAG